CCCUUAUUUUUAUUAUACUUGAUAACGUUAGUUUUGAGCAUAAUUCUCACUCGGCGACAGACUGUGUCUCUGGACUCGGGUAGCAGCCUUUGAUUUAAUUUCACAGCUAGCAUCUCCAGCUGCACAGUUCCAAGAGCUAGCUAGCUAGAAGAGACAGCCUCGAUCGAGCACCUCAUUCCAUGGCCUCAUCAGCUAGCAACCCGUCCCAUCCAGCAGGCGAGCAGUCCCAUCGCGGCCCCUCACCAAACCCGCCCCACCUCGGUCUCGGCGAAUCAGGUUGGAAGUCCGCUGAAGGUGGCAACCCUCCCACCACUCCUGUCAACUCCGCUGGCGGAGACGCCGGGGCUAACGAUGAGAAGCUUAAAACCACGAGGGUGUCGCUCUAUGCUCUUUUUGUUUUUUCAUCUGCCGUUAUGUUGGCAAACUGGACGGGUAGCCGAACCCCUAAUCUUUGGGUCGUGGUUUGCAGCGGGGUCUUCUCCAUCCUAUCGGUUGUACUUUUGGUUAUCCUGGAGAUUUUCAAAAUCCCCAUUGCCCUAAUGACUGUUUUUACUGCUGUGGCGUGGGGAGCAAUUAUUGCUCUGGGCCUACUUAUCACCAAUGUCGAGAUUAAAUCUAUCCAAGGUUAAUGCUCCCACCCCCUCUCCCAGGCUCCCAUUUUCCCUCCCACCCCCUCUCACAGGCUCCCAUUUUCCCUCCCAGCCACUGAUUUACGGCCUUUAUUAUUAGUGCUUAUUAAGAAAGUGUUUCAAUGUGUUGUCUUUUUUUAGGAGUUAGAAGUAUGAGUAUUGGGAAUGUUUGCUUAUUAAGAAAGUGUUUCGAUGUGUUUUCUUUUUUUUAAGAGUUAGGAAAAUGUGUUUUCAAUAUGGUACUAAAUUGAACUAUUUGGCUCUA